UCUCAUCCACUCCGCUCCCGUUACUGAUCUGUCCUCCGUGUUUUUACGAUAAUCUCGUUGACGUCACAACUAGGAAGUGGGCGAAGAUAAAGCUCAGCUGUAGCAGGUGGUUGUCAGGUAACCUCUUCUGUAAUAAAACAGCUUCCCCAACAAGAUGUUGAAGGCGGUCAUUUUAAUCGGAGGCCCACAGAAAGGCACGAGGUUCCGACCAUUGUCAUUUGAAGUGCCCAAACCCCUGUUUCCAGUAGCUGGUGUUCCCAUGCUCCAGCACCACAUUGAAGCGUGUGUCAAGGUACCGAAUCUAAAGGAGAUUUUGCUCAUUGGUUUUUAUCAGCCAAAUGAAGAACUGAACAGAUUUCUGUUUAAUGCACAGCAAGAAUUUAAAAUUUCCAUCAGAUAUUUACAGGAGUAUGCCGCCCUGGGUACUGGAGGGGGCAUCUAUCACUUUAGAGAUCAGAUUGUCUCCGGCAGUCCAGAGGCUUUCUUUGUCCUGAAUGCUGAUGUUUGUUCAGCAUUCCCGCUCAUCGACAUGCUCAGCUUCCAGAAAGAACACGGAGAACCAAACAGCUUUGUGAUCCUCGGGACAACGGCAAACAGAAAACAGUCCAUGAAUUAUGGCUGCAUUGUGGAAAAUGAAGAUACAAAUGAGGUCUUGCAUUAUGUGGAAAAGCCGAGUACUUUUGUGAGCGACAUCAUCAAUUGCGGCAUAUACCUCUUUACCCCAGAGAUUUUCAAGCACAUCGGCAUGGUCUUUCAGAAGAAUCAACAGGACAUGAUGCUAGAGGAGCCAACCAAUGGCUGGCACCGCGCAGAGGCCAUCAGGCUGGAGCAGGACAUUUUCACUGCCCUGGCAGGUCAGGGUAAACUUUAUGUGUACAAAACCCUCAGCUCCUGGAGCCAGAUCAAGUCUGCAGGGUCUGCAAUUUAUGCCAGUAGAUUGUACCUUAACCAGUAUCACACAACUCAUCCUGAAAGACUGGCCACAAAUAAGGAAGGAGGACCCAAAAUAAGUGGUAAUGUCUACAUACAUCCCACUGCCAAUAUUGAUCCCACCGCUAUGUUGGGACCAAACGUCUCCAUUGGAACUGGUGUGACUAUCGGCGCUGGAGUCAGAGUUCGAGAAUCUAUCAUUCUCCAUGGUGCUACUCUACAGGAUCACUGCUGCGUUUUGAAUAGUAUCGUGGGAUGGGACAGCACCAUUGGCAAAUGGGCAAGAGUGGAAGGAACUCCCAGUGACCCAAAUCCAAAUGAUCCCUUUGCAAAGAUUGACAGCGAGACACUUUUCAGGGAAGGAAAACUCACACCGUCUAUUACUAUUCUUGGUUGUAAUGUGAGCAUCCCAUCUGAGGUGAUCAUACUGAAUUCAAUUGUACUUCCACACAAAGACCUGAACCGCAGCUUUAAAAACCAAAUUAUUCUCUAGUUAGUCUUCUAACUGUCACUGAUGAAGGAUGCUGCUGUCCAACGGCUGGGACUGCCUCAGAGUUACUGUAUAUAAAAUGUCAAAAAUAAAUAUGCGAAGCCUUCCUUAAAUUGUUUUGAAUGACAAAUUUUGAUACAUUUGUCCUCAGGCCUUCAUUCAAAAUUGGGUGUCAACAAUAUUAGAGUGUGGCUAAUCAUGCUUGUUGGUUCACCUUGAAGUGCUGUCAUGCCUGAGGUUCUUAAUGUUUUUGUUUUUUUUCCCCCUCUCUUAUCGACUUAACUGUAAAAUUACAGCUACCCGAGUGUAAUAUAUUUAGAUGGAUGUAAUGUUUUAAUAAAAAAAAUAACUUGAUAACA